CAUGCACAGCGCUCGGCUUGACAGCUUCCUCAGCCAGCUCCGCUGGGAACUGCAAGCACUCUGUCUUUCUCUGAAAAACGCUUUGGGAUUUGGGGAGCUGAAUACCCCAAGAGACAUGGGAUGCCCCUCUACCCCUGGCAGGACCUACUUCCCCAUUCAAGUCCACAACCCUGCCCGCCCGCCCGCCCUGGUGGCGGGUGCCGACUUGCCCGGCCCUGCGUGCUGCAGCCUGCCGGACUGCCACCACCAGGUCGACGGAUGAGAGCCACACGUGUGCCAGCGCCCCCAAGCUGGCCCUGUGCUCACUAGCAGCCUUGCUGCCCAGGCCAAUAGGCCUAUCAAGCUCUCCUGGACCCUCUGUUCUCAGGGCUGGCCUGGCCAGGCAGGCAGAGGUGACAAGUGAUAUCUCUCCAACUUCUGCCCUCUCUUCCCCUCAGCUGUGUGGCCGGGACACAGGCUCACCCCCGAUGCCUGGCCCCCUGAAGCCAGCCCCCAAAACUGGCCCGGGUGUGCAGCCCAGCCACCAGCUCAGGGCCUCAGAUGCCUUGGAGGAGGACUCUGUCUGCUGUGUGGAAGAGGAAGAAGAGGAGGAGGAGGAAGCAGUGGUGACAGAAGACAGGGGUGCAGCCUUAGGGGGCCCCAGGGAACAUGCCCUGGACUGGGACUCUGGUUUCUCUGAGGUAUCAGGCAGUACAUGGCGAGAGGAAGAGCUGCCUGUACCCCAGUGUCCAGCACCCCCAGCAAGGCCCCCUCAUAGCCAGCGCCUCUCAUUCAGUGGCCUCCCCCUGCCCAGCAGGGCCCCUGUAGCCAGCGUACCACCUGCCCGCCGUCCACGGCCCAAGUCCACCCCAGAUGCCUGCCUGGAGCAUUGGCAGGGACUAGAAGCAGAGGACUGGACAGCAGCCUUACUGAAUAGGGGUCGCAGUCGCCAGCCCCUGGUGCUGGGGGACAACUGCUUUGCUGACUUGGUGCACAACUGGAUGGAGCUGCCCGAGACAGCCAGUGAAGGGGGCGAUGGAGGUGGGCACCGUGCCCGUGCUCGCCCCCCGCAGUUCCUACUUGGCCUCUCAGAGCAGCUUCGGCGCCGGCUAGCCAGAGCUCGGCGGGCAGCUAUGGCAGGAAAGCGGCUAUCAUGCCCACCUCGCCCCGAACCUGAGCUGCCUGGGGACGUCUCACGCUUUGCAGCCCUCAUGAGCUGCCGCAGCCGCCAACCCAUCAUCUGCAAUGAUGUCAGCUACCUCUGACCCUGCCCUCCAUCCUGGGACAAUAAAGGCUUUUUUUAGACUA